AUGCUCGGCCUUUUCUUGAUCCUGCUCGGCCUCCUUCUCGGAGUUGCCGCAAGUCUCGAGAAGGCAGACUUCUGCCUGGCUUUUCGCUGCUAUGCUACCUGUCAAGGUAGCUAUAGCGAUGGCACCCAGACCGAUGUUUCCUUUGUCAAGGCAGCAGAAGUCACGCCGUCAGCCUUCAGACUGAGCCUCGAGUAUGGUGGCAAGCAAGGGCAAGAAAACGUGGUGUGCAAAGCCGAGGGACUGCAGUAUGCGCCUCAAUGUACCCUGCGAGGAGCAAGAAUGACGCCCGAUUCUGCCGACUUUGUCGUGGAGGCGCUUCAGAUCUUGCCCAGCCGGACGAGCUCGACCUCUGAUAGACUCUCUACAGCCGAGCAUAUCAGCAGAAGACACCCAACGAUGGCGAAAGGCGUGCCUGAGGUUGCGCCCGGUGAAGCACCGCCUGCCUACGAGGCCUCCAAUGGCUCCAGCUCACUUGCACCGGCGCUGUCGUCGAGCAUGACGGCGAGCACGAGCAAUGACGGUCAUACUACCGACGAGGAAGACAACAGCACGAUUGCAGGCUACGAGAGCGUCGUUCCUCUCGAAAGGCGUGCAUCGAUGGAGGACGAAUUGAGGGAACUGCCAAAGGGAUGGAUCAGGCAGAUGGACAGCAAGUCUGGCCAUCACUUCUAUGUCGACACAAAGGCCAAUCCGCCUCGAUCAAUCUGGACGCACCCCUACGACGAUCCGGUCUACUUGCAGUCAUUACCGGAUACCGAGCGACACAGCGUGCCCACUGCAGGGCCACAGCCGGUCAGGAAGAGAGCGCCCGCACAGGGGUCGAGCAAGCAAGCCUCUUCGAGCAAGCAGGCCGAGCCAGCGUACGAUCCCAACCGGAAACGUGGUCUGGGCGAGAAGAUCAAGGACAAGGUGACCAACUCGACCCAUGCCGAACGAGAAGCGAAGCGCAAGGCAGCUCGCAAGCGCGAAGCCGAGCUCUACGAAGCCCACCGACAGCGACGGCUGAAGAUGAUCGAGCAGCAGCGUGCGCAGGAGCAAGAGUAUUACAAAGCCGUCCGCGAAGGCAGAGCGCCACCGCAACAGCAGGGUGGCUACUAUGAUCCUUACUAUUCUGGCGGGCGCUAUGCUGCCCCUGGCGAUCCUUACUAUCGCAGGAGCGGCUAUGGCUAUGGCGGAGGCUAUGGUCGUGGCUAUGGCGGCGGUAUGGGGAUGGGCGGUAUGGGCAUGGGCAUGCCUCUCAUGGGCGGCAUGGCCGGCGGCUUACUUCUCGGUUCACUCUUGCCUCCGGACCGACUGUAUGCGCUUCCUGAUUAUUUGAAUAGCUCGCAACGCCAUCCCUGCCUCGUGGGAAGCGUCUGA